GACACUCCUUACUUGACGUGCUUGUCUAAGGUAGGCUGUGCUCUAUCUAUCUCUUUCUAUUACUUGCUCUCUUUCCCACUGUGUCUCUUUCUGUAAGAAGGGGAGGGCUUUACCUGCUUUCAAUCAAUAACUUGUGGAAUUCAACAAUACAAGUGGGUUGUGUAUGCAGCUGCUGGUUUCACAGCCACACCGAUUGCAAGGCUCCAGACUUCUGACUUCGUCUCCUCUGCGUGCAUACUCGCCCUCUAUUGUGUUAACGGACACUCCCUGUUUACUUUACCAGGUGCUUGGACGUAGCUUGUGUGUAAGCGUCUGUACAUGUGUGAGGUGAACAUGGCUGAGCCUGUGUCCCCAGAUUAUUUCACCUGCCACCUGUGCGCUAGUCUCCUGAGGGACCCUGUGGCCAUCCCAUGUGGCCACAGCUUCUGUAUGGACUGCAUUAGUGGUUACUGGAAUGAGGCUGACUACACCGGGAUUUACAUAUGUCCUCAGUGCAAGAUCACGUUCACCCAGAGACCCGUGCUUAGACCCAAUGCAACCCUCUCCAAAGUGGCCGAGAAGAUCAAGAAGACCGGCUUGAACCUCAACCUUGUGCCUCCAACCAAUGGAAGCUUUGCCGGACCAGCCGACGUUCCUUGUGACUUCUGCUCGGGAAAGAAGCUCAAAGCUGUCAAGUCCUGCCUAAACUGCCUGGCCUCUUACUGCGAGAAACAUCUGAAGCCCCAUUAUGAGUCCGCUACCUUCAAGAGGCACAAACUGGUGGACGUGCUUGGGAACCUAGACAGAAAGAUCUGCCCACAGCACCAGAAAAGCCUGGAGCUAUUUUGCCGUACUGACCAGAUGUGUAUCUGUGCUAUCUGCACUGUCAGCGAGCACAAGGGUCAUGAUAUUGUCUCAGCAGAGGCAGAGAGAAGUGAGAAGCAGAAACUUCUUGGAGUAUCCCAAGCUGAUAUCAAACAAAAAUGCCAGCAGAGGACCAAAGAACUGGAGGAAUUAAAAACGGCUGUUGAUUCACUGAAGAGCUCGGCUCAAAGGGCCAUGACCGAGAGCAAGAAAAUGUUUGAUGAGAUGAUCACUGCCAUCGAGAGGAUGAGGUCGGAGGUCACCAAGCUGAUCAACAUUAAUGAGAAAGCUGCCUUCAGCCAGGCAGAGGGACUGAUGGAGCGUUUGGAGCAGGAGAUUGAUGAACUUAAGAAAAAGGAGACUGGCUUGAAGCAACUCUAUAGUACUGAGGACCACAUCCACUUUUUACAGAAUUUCAACUAUCUUUGCACACCAACUGAUGAUGGCUUUAUUCCCAAAGUAUCUCUGAACCCAGAUUUCUCAUUCAGUGCUGUAAGGAAAGCUGUUGCUGAAAUCAAAGAAAAACUUGAAGAACUGGGCAGAGAGGAACUGCUGAAGAUCUCAAAAUCAGUGAAUGAAGUACCUGUUUACACACUGGAGAACCGUAGUGUUCGAGAGAAAAGCAGCCGAGUCAAAGAUGUCCAAACUGUGGACAGUGCACCUCCUUCCCAGCCGAGGAGCAGGUCUGAGUUCUUAAAAUACUUCUGUCAGCUCCGCCUGGACCCUGCUACUGCCUAUAAAGAGCUCUACCUGUCAGAAGGGAACAAGAAGGUGACUCGAACCCGCAACUUGCAGCCCUACUCUGAUAAUCCGGAGAGGUUUGACACCUUUGCCCAGGUGCUAUGCCGUGAGGCUCUGACCGGUGGCCGCUACUACUGGGAGAUUGAAUGGAAUGGUGAAUUCUCAGUUGGAGUGGCCUACCGGGGCAUUAGCCGCAAAGGCAAGGGUCCACUCUGCUUGCUGGGUUACAACGAAAAAUCCUGGAGUCUCCUCUGCUCUGACACAGGCUAUUCUGCCUGGCAUAACCGGGUGGACAAAGUCAUCAAUGCGCCACAUUCUCCAAGAAUAGGGGUCUACCUAGACUACAACGCAGGAUUGCUGGCUUUCUACAGCAUCGGCGAGACCAUGACAUGCCUCCAUCGCUUUGAGACCACCUUCACUGAACCCCUCCAUCCUGGAUUUGGGGUUGGAACAUCGGUUAAAAUUUGCCAGCUAAAAUGAAGACUUUGACAAUGAAUUUUUAUUUUUAUAGAGAGUAAAUUUUUUUUUUAUAUCAUGUGUUUUAUGUCAGUUCCAGUUAACACUAACACUUGCAAUUUAUUUUACACUACAAAAAAAAGGCAAAAUGAACAACGAAAAAGACACACCCUGAAUUUGAUUUGCAAAUUGCAGCAUUUCAUUUAGACUUUUCCCCAAAAUAACAAAAUAUUAUUCCAUCAUGCCAUUUUUUUUUCUUUUUUCAAAUUAAUAACAUUUUUGAAUACUAAACCUUAUAUUUAUCCAAGUACCAAGUGCCGUUCCUCAUAUGGUGAUAAAAAAGAGCUUGAUUAUUUCCUCAAAAAUGAUCUCUUUAUAUUCCAAAUAAAGUUUUUAUUAACAGACAAA